AUGGUUCGAAUCUUCACAAAAUACAGGCCAAAUGCAUAUAAAUUUGGUGCCUUGAUGGUCCUGUGUUUGCUAGCUGUAUUGGGAAUUAUCGGAAGGCAACAUGCUGAAGUAAUCUGCAAUCUGAAAAAAUUAUCCAAGGAAGACACUGAAGUCGCAGUGAACACGAACAGUGAACCAUUUGUAAAACGAGGACCCGAGGUCAACAAUGGAGACGACCUUCUCUUUCAUCCAUUUGAAAAUUCAUGCAAGUUCGCAAUGCCCAACACUUAUGCCAGUGAUGUUGAGGGAUACAGAGUUGCAGAACGUAUGCGGAAGUUUCAAUGUCCUUAUGAAGAUUUUGAUUUGGCAACCAUGGACAGUGAAGGAUACAUGUAUGUUCAUCCACACUUCACCCAUUAUCCUGACAUUACCAUUGAUGUGGAAUGCUACGUUGUUUUUCUGGAAGGAGCUCUCAGAAACAAAACAACAGAUCUAGGAAAGGAUGAUUUCAAAGAAGUUGCCACAGUACAGGCCCCUGAAAACAGGCGAUUUCUUGCAAAUGGAGAUGCUUUCUAUAUUCGUUGCAAGAAGGAUGGAAAACAAAUCUUCCAGCAGGUGUAUGCCGGCAUGAGGGAUUUGGAAAGGGAUCCUAAUAAGGUCUAUUUGGUGGACGAUAUGGAAUCGUUCGAUAAUUAUGGAAGAAGAACUCAAUUCAACACAAUACAACAGACUCCAUCACGGUAUUCUAUUGAUAUUCUGGGAUUUGAUUCAACAUCUCGCACAAUGUUUAUGAGACAUUUACCCCGCACUAUGGAAACUAUGAAUAAACUAGGAUACGAACUUUUCUACGGAUAUACUAAGGUUGGCGACAAUUCUAUGGUCAACCUCGCCCCUGUGCUUGCUGGAGAUGUUCCUUCAGCUCUCGUAGAACCAAAAUUGGAUGGUUCCGGAGAUAUCAAUGUUAACUGGAUCUUACCGAAUUAUAAGAAACUCGAUCCAACUGAAAUCCCUUUUUUGUGGAAAAUGAUGGGAAAAGAGUUUGGAUGUCGGUCAAUGUUCAAUGAGGAUAUUUCAAUGAAGUCACUCGGCUUGUUUCACUAUCCUUCUAAUGAGUUCCUUCCUGGUUUCACAUCACCGCCCGCGGAUCAUUUUUAUCGCACUUAUUACCUGGCUGUUUAUAAGAACUGGACCUACUCCCAGUGCAAAGAUGGUGAUCAGAUUCAACGUCAAUUUGUUGAUUUAUGGCGUCGUUUCGCCAACAAGUACAAGGAUAUUUGUCACUUCGGAUUCACAUUCGUAACAACUUUGACUCAUGAAGCUGGUUUUAUGCUUGAGACAUUGGACGAGCAAAUUUCGACAAGCCUUCAGAAUCUCUAUUUCACAGGAGCACUGGACAAAGGAAUCAGUGUCAUAAUGGGAGAUCAUGGGAAUAGAAUCGGGCUUGUCCAGUUCUCCUACACCGGUCGUAUCGAGGAGCGAAUGCCGUUAAUGGCCAUACGGUUACCACCUGACUUCAAAAAGAUGUACCCAAAAGAGUACUCAAACUUCCUUGUCAAUAAAUGGAAGCUUACGAGCAACUUCGACAUCCAUCAAACACUGAAGGACAUAGCACUCAUGCGCUUCGGUAGCGCUAGAAAAUCGAACACUACUAACUAUGGCCGAGGAAUCAGCCUCUUUGACGAGAUUCCAAGCAACAGGCAAUGUUUCGACGCCUUCAUACCAGAAAAUUUCUGCACAUGCUUAGUAGAUCGGUCAAGUUUGUUAUCGCCUGGUGUGAACGAAAAUACUUAUUACGAAGCUAUUAAGUAUUGGAUGGACGAGAACGAUCUUAAUGGCUGUCUUAAUUCUAAAGACAUGAAAACAAUUGGUAACGCCAGCAUAAUGGGUCUUAAUGCACUAGCAAGGCAUGGGUUACGAUCUAAAAGAAAUGUUACUCUAGUAGAGCUAACUAGGAAGAAGAACCCUCGUAUGGAUUUUCUGUAUCAUGAAGUUGUCGUAAGGAUGCAACUGUUGGCGAACCACAAAUCUAUCGAACUUUUGUUUCGCAUAGAAGAAAGUGUUAAAACUGCUGAGUUUCGAGUGGUAUUUGAGCCACAAUUACGAGAUCCUCUCCUCGUCGACUGCCCAAACAGUCUAGAUGAAAUAUGGUGUAAAUAUCAAGUCUUUAUGGAUUUGAGGCAACUCAUCGCUGUCGAGGUUAUGAUCUCACUGAAAUCGGAAGACUCAUUUUCAAAACACUACUACGAUGUUGAAGAGAAGUGA